AUGCAACAGACAAACAUCUUUAGCUAGAGCUCUCUCUAUAUUCCUGAGUAAUCGGAACCAAUUACAUUUUUAGACUUUUCUAAAGAGCCAUGUUUGGAUCAGUCAAAUAUCGAUACCUAUAGAAAGUAAGGACAGCUUGGAAGAUUUAAUUUGGGCUAGAAAAGUUACUACUAUAUAAUAUAAUUUAGAUAGAGAAUCCAUAUCGAUCAAGUUGGGCUAAUACAAUAUUACACAAACACUAUAAUAUUGAUAUACUUGAAAAAGGGAGUAAAAUUAUAAUUAAAAAAUUACCUGGCACAGAAGGUAACUCUCAAACUUAAAUAAAUCAUUUACCCGCAAUACAAGCACCACAAUAGAGAGUCAAAAAAUAAAUAAUUUCUAGUAUCUCUCAAUAUGCUAAAAACAAUUUAGAAAAAUUCUUUAAAGAGAAAAGAAAAUAUCAUAUAUCUACAUCAACAGAAAACAAUAGUUAUAAUCUGCACAAUUCAUCAUGUAAGUAAACAGAAAUGAAUGAUGCCGUCUCGCUAAUACAAGUAAAAAGUUAAGAUAGGAUGAUGCCAAUUUUUGAUGUCAAUUUUAAAAAAAAUCUAUUAUAAUACAAUAUAUGA